UUAUCAAUACAUCGAAUGGCAAGAACAUCGGUGCACAGAAGUUUUGAAAACAUUUUGAAUAUCAAAUUUUUAUAUCAAAUUUUUAAUAAGUAUAUAUUAAUCAAAAUUAUAGGCAUUAAAAUUUAUAUAUAUUUUGAUCUAUAUAAAAAUUUAUUCUUUAUAAAAGAAUUUGAUUCUGUUUGAAUAUCCGCGUGGUUAUCUAAUGUAAUUUUAAUUAAGCACAAGUAUAUACUGACUAUAAUUUCACAACAUAAUUCAAAUUCAUUUUUGACAAAAGUUCAUAAAAUAUUCGUUGAAUGUUAAAAAAUUUUUAAUAUGAAUGCAGGAAAUAAUUCGAAAUUUAUUCUUCGAAAUUUAUACAUUUUUACAAAAAAAUAUAAUUUUUAAUUAAUCUUUAAAUUUCAUUUGAUAAGAAAAGUGAUAAUGUGGGUGUUUGGUUAUGGUUCAUUGAUAUGGAAAGCAGACUUUCCAUACGAAGAAAUUCUUGUUGGUCAUAUCAAAGGAUAUAUCAGGAGAUUUUACCAAAAAAGUAUAGAUCAUAGAGGAAUACCUAGUAGACCUGGUCGUGUUGUAACAUUACUUAAUUCUGAUAAUCCUAAUGAUGAAGUAUGGGGUGUUGCUUAUAGAAUAUCACCUCAAAACAAAGAUAAAGUUGUAAAACACUUGGAUUACAGAGAAAAAGGAGGAUAUGAAAGAAAAAGUGUGCUCUUUUAUCCAUCUUAUUCAAUUAAAGAUACUGCAUCAUAUUCUUUAGCAAAUAAUAAAUUUCCAAGUGAUUUAGAAAAUGAAAAAUUAUUAUCAUCAGUUUCAGAAAACACACCAUUUUAUAUUACAAUUUAUAUAGGUGGAGAAGAUAAUCCAAAUUAUGCAGGUGUAGAAGAUAUAUAUACAAUAGCAAAACAAAUAUUAGUGUCUCAUGGUCCUAGUGGAGCAAACACAGAAUAUUUGUAUAAUUUGGCAUCUGCAAUGCGACUAAUAGCACCAGGUAUAAAUGAUGAACAUUUAUAUGUAUUAGAAGCAACUGUGAAAACAUUAGAACAAGAAAAAAAUAUCAAAAUAAAAUUAAAUGAAAAUUUAUGUACUAGUGAAAAUGGAUAAGAAUUUUGUUUUAAUAAGUAUUUACAUAUCAAAGAUGAUUAUUAUAAUAAAAAAAUUGUACUUAAAAUUCUAGAAAAUAAGAAAAUUAUUUGUAUUAUCUAUAUAAUUAGGAAAACUUUAGAAAAUAGACAGUUAUUUGUAUUAUUUGUGCAAUUAGAAAAUAAAAAUAAAUUUUUUAUAAGAAA